AUGAAAUGUGAUCAUAAUUAGAUAGAAGGGUUCUAUGAAAUUUUUGACAAAGUUAAAGAUGUUGAUAUCGAAUAAUUAAAAAAAAUAAUUGAAAUGCUUAGAAAGGAAAAAAUUUCAGACUGUUUAGGAUAUCUAAAGGAUAUAGAAAAUCAACAAUAACAAAAUUAAUAAAUAGAGAAACUAACACAAGUAGGUUAGGAACUAUAGCUGACUGUUGUUAGAAAUAACAUUUAGAUAAUCACUAAUAUUCUCAAUUAAAUUAAAGAUCACGAUUUUAAUGUAAAUGACUAUUCAACUGAAAUUUAUUUUAAUACUAAAUAAUAAAUAAUAAAAUUAAUAUCCUAAGAAAAAGGGAUAAUUGAAUUUUUGAAAUUUCUCGUUCACCUUACAGCUAUAGAUGAUAGAUAUAUAUAAAGUGGUUCAAAUUCCUUAAAUUUUUUAAUUUAAAUGAGAGUAGAUCUGUCUAACCAAUGUUUUGAAAAUAUCAAAGUGAAAAAUACUUCCUUAGAAGGAGCUAAUUUUGUUAGAUGUAACUUGAUCGGAUCCGAAUUUAAUAAUGUAGAUAUAAGCGGAAUAAAUCUAAAUGAAACUUUACUAAUUAAUUGCAAAUGGAAAAACAUAAAAAUAAAUGAAUCAAUAAAGUUGGAGGGGGAUACUAAUUGUGUUUAAUCAGUGUGCUUUUCUCCUGAUGGUAAGACAUUAGCAUCUGGUAGUAUUGAUAAGUCUAUUAGAAUAUGGGAUGUUAAGACAGGAUAAUAAAAAGCCAAAUUAGAUGGCCAUACAAGUUAUGUUCUAUCAGUCUGCUUUUCGCCUAAUGGUACAACAUUAGCAUCUGGCAGUGGAGAUGAGUCAAUCGGUUUAUGGGAUGUUAAGACAGUAAAAUAAAAAAAAAAAUUGAAUCUUCAUAGAAGCGCUGUCUAUUCAGUGUGUUUCUCUCCUGAUGGUACUUUAAUAGCAUCCGGUAGUAAUGAUAACUGUAUUCGUUUAUGGGAUGCUGAGACAGGAGAAUGUGAAGACACACUAAAUGGGCAUCAUAAUUGGGUAAAAUAAAUAGUAUUCUCUCCAGAUGGUACUACAUUAGCAUCUGGUAGUGGAGAUAGAUCUAUAAUUUUAUGGGAUGUUAAGACAAGAAAGCAAAUAUCAAAAUUAUGUGGUCAUACUAGUACAGUCCUUUCAGUCAGCUUCUCUCCUGAUAGUACUAUAUUAACAUCUGGUAGUGAUGAUCACUCUAUUCGUUUAUGGGAUGUUAAAACAGGAUAAUAAAAAGCCUAAUUAGAGGGUCAUAUUGGUGCUGUUUAUUCAGUUUGCUUCUCCCCUGAUGGAGCGACAAUAGCAUCUGGUAGUAAUGAUAUGUCUGUCCGCUUAUGGAAUGUUUUAAAAGGAUAAUAAAAAGCAGAAUUAAAUGGUCAUAGGGAUCUUGUCUCAUCUGUUUGCUUCUCUCCAGAUGGUACCACUUUAGCCUCUGGCAGCGGUGAUAAAUCUAUUCGUUUAUGGAAUGCUGAAAUAGGAUAAAAUGCCAAAAUCGAUGGUCAUAGUUAGAUUAUCACAUAAGUAUGCUUCUCUCCUGAUGGUACUACAUUAGCAUCUUGUAGUUAUGAUAAAUCUAUCCGUUUAUGGGAUGUUAAGACAGGAUAAUAAAAAUCCAAGUUAGAAAUUUAUAACGGGAAUCUUUACUCAAUAUGUUUUUCUUCUGAUGGUUCAACAAUAGCUUCUGGAUGUUGGGAUAACUUUAUCUGUUUAUGGGAUGUUUAGACAGGAUAAUAAAAAGCCAAAUUAGGUGGCCAUACAAGUUAUGUUCUUUCAGUCUGCUUUUCACCUAAUAGUACUACAUUAGCAUCUGGUUGUGAUACUAAUUCUAUUAGUUUAUGGGAUAUUAAAACAAGAAAAAAAAAGACCAAAUUGGAUGGUCAUACUAGUUAUGUCCUUUCAGUAUGCUUCUCUCCAGAUGGAAUUACUCUUAUAUCUGGUAGCUAGGAUUAAUCUAUACGUUUAUGGAAUGUUUAUACAGGAAAAUAACAUGCCAAACUGGAUGGGCAUACUGGUUCUGUCCUAUCAGUACGCUGCUCUCCAGAUGGUAUUACAAUAGCUUCUGGUGGCAAGGAUAAUUAUAUCUGUUUAUGGAAUGCCAAAACAGGAUAAAUAAAAUAAAAAUUAGAGUAUCAUAAUGCAGCAGUUAAUGAAUUAUGCUUCUCUCCUGAUGGUACUACACUAGCAUCUGGAAGUUAUGAUAAAUCUAUCAGUUUAUUGGAUGUUAAAACAGGACUAUUAAAAGCAAAAUUGGAUUCUCAUUCUAAUAAAAAUCUAUCAGUAUGCUUUUCCCCUGAUGGUACUACAUUAGCAUCUAGUAGUGAUAAUUCUAUACUUUUAUGGGAUGUUAAGAAGAGAAGAAACCAUAUCAAAUUACAGGAGCCUAGCAAUUCAAUCUUAUCAGUUUGUUUCUCCCCUGAUGGUAAUACAAUAGCAUCUGGUAGUGUUAAUCAGUCUAUAAGUCUAUGGGAUGCUAAGACAGGAUAAUAACAAGCGAUAUUGGGCGGUCAUAAAAGUCAUGUUCUGUCAGUUUGCUUUUCCCCUGAUGGUACUACAUUAGCAUCUGGGAGCGGCGAUAAUACCAUCCGUUUAUGGGAUGUUAAUACAAGAUAAUAAAAAGCAUAGUUUGACCUCCAUCUUAGUGCUGUUUAUUCAGUAUGUUACUCUGCAAAUGGUUUUUUAAUAGCUUCUGGUAGUAAUGAUAAUUCUAUUCGUUUAUGGGAUGCUAAGACAGGAGAAUAACAAGCGAUAUUGAGUGGUCAUAAAAGUCAUGUUUUAUCAGUUUGCUUUUCCCCUGAUGGGACUACAUUAGCAUCCGGGAGCGGCGAUAAUACUAUCCGUUUAUGGGAUGUUAAUACAAGAUAAUAAAAAGCCUAGUUAGACGGUCAUACUAAUACUGUGUAUUCAGUUUGCUUCUCUUCUGAUGGUACUAGUUUAGCAUCUGGUAGUAGUGAUGAUUCUAUCCGUUUCUGGGAUGUAAAAACAAAAUAAUAAAUUGCCUAAUUAGACGGGGAUGUCAACACUGUCUGCUUCUCUCCUGAUUGCACUAUAUUAGCCACUUGUGGUACUGAUACUUCUAUCUGUUUAUGGAACUGUAAAACAGGACAAUUAAUAUCAAAAUUGGAUGGUCAUCAACAUCGCGUUCAAUCAUUAUGCUUCUCCCCUCUGGGUACUACAUUAGCAUCUGGUGGUUAUGAUAAGUCUAUCCGUUUAUGGGAUGUUUAGACAGCAUAAUAAAAGGCCAAAUUAGAGGGUUAUAGUAAUGGAUUUCUGUCAGUCUGCUUCUAAUCUGAUAGUCCUUAAUCGGUAAUUCUCUUUCUUAUUUUAAGUCGAUUCGUUUUUGGGAUAUUAAGACAGGAGAAGAAUUUCAUGAUGAAACUAAACUAAAGCAGCUCAAAACCCCUCUUUAUUAGUCAAAUCAUUUUUCACUAUGUAAUAUUAUUUCAAAAAUUUUUUAGCCUCUAAUUAUAUUAAAAUUCUCCAUAUAUCACAGAAACCAACUUUCUCAGCAGAAGGGGCUAUUAUUAUUAAAGGAGAAUUUGUAAAUAAAUCAGGUUAUGACUUAAAAAUAUUCUUAAAAUAAUGUGGAAGUUGCCUUAUAGAAAGCUAAUUUUAAAUAAAUUAACAGUGA